AUGCGGCAGCUCGAGAACGGCUUCUCGGGCGUCCCCAAUAGCAACGGGAAGGUCAAGAACGAGGCCAAGAAGUAUACGAAGACGGAGACGAGCACGUCGUACAAUGCCGAUGCAGAUAUGACAGUGUCGAGCAAGAAGCGAAAGGCUGAGGAGGAGGCGGAGGAGAUGGAGGCGGCGCCAAAGGUGAAGAAGGAGAAGAAGCACAAGAAGAAGAAGGCGACGGAAGUGGAGGAGGACGAAGGCGACAAGAAGGACGACAAGGAGAAGAAGAAGAAGAAGAAGCACAAGAAGAAAAAGGGUGCCGAGGAAUAG